AUGAAAACCUCUCCAUAAUCAUUUUAAAGGGAAACGGAGGAAACCGUUUGGCACACUAGAAAAUAAAGAUAAGAGACGGAGAAGGAUAUUCAAUUAAUGAAGAAUCGUCUUAAGUUAUUAAAGCGAGGGGAUGCUCAGUUAUCUAAGAGAAUUGAUGAAACUAAAAAGAAAACUUAAUCUAUGAUUGACUUAAAAAUGAAUCAUCAUUAACAGAUUGAAUAGGUAAUGAAGUUUAUAUAUUUUUUAUUAGAAAAAGCUAAAUCAAAAAAAUGGUGAAGCAUAAUUGAAGGAGAAAUAAUAAUUAAAUUAUGAUCAAAAAAAACAAUAAGAAGAACAACUGGAAAUGAUUAAAAAAGCAAUGGAAUAAAUUAAAUUAGAGGAAUAUAAAAAAAUUAAGUAACAAUCUAAAAUUAUUAAAUAGAGAGUUAUCAAUAAAAAAUGCUGAGAUGAUUAAUAAAUAAAAAUAAGAUUUCAUGGCUAGAAAUAGGGAAAAGAGAGAACACAUUAAAGAGAUUAUGCAUAAAUCCAAAUCCAAUAUUUCUCUAUAUUGGAAUGAAAAAUUAUCUCACAUAUAAAAAGAAAAUGAAAAGUAUUUAUAUCUUAUAAUAUUCAAUAGAGCAAAAAUAGAAAAUAAAAAAGCAUGUGAAUAAAAUAAAGCCUAUUAAGAAAAGAUGGAAAUGGAAGAAUCAUAUAUGAUGUAGAAAUUAUUGAGAUCCCAAGAAGUACAAAAAAAAUUAGCAAUUAAAUUGGAAAAAGCAAAGAAUUUACCUCACGAUGAAUUUAAUUAGAUGAUUUAAGAGGAAGAAGAAAACUCUAACAAUUUGAGAGUAAAUAAAAGUGCUGAAAUUCCAAGAUGGCUACCAACUCCAGAGAAAGAUUCUGCAAUUAUCUAAAAUUUAGAUACUGAACCAAAACAAGAUUCAGAUUAAUAGAAAAAUGAAGAUGAUUAACAAUAACAAGAAUGA